AUGCCUUCCUACAUUGUCACUUGCAAAGACGAUGCCACCCCCGAGCAGGUCGAGGCUGCCAAGAAGCAUGCCACCGACCAGGGCGGCAAGAUCGGUCAUGAAUACUCCCUGAUCAAGGGCUUCUCCGUCUCUUUCCCCCAGGACUCCAUCUCAACUCUCGAGAGCCACGAGCACGUCAAGGCUGUUGAGCUCGACCAAGAGGUCCGCACCCAAUGA